AUGCAUCGGUGUGUGGGUUGCAGCGCCGCGGUGUUCCUGAAAGUAGCGGGCGCCCACAUCGCAUUGGCCCGACGAUGCUGUAGUAACGAAACCUCACCACCGCAGAACGAUCCACGUACGCUCUUGCAGCAGCUCCAGCGGCCCUCCGCCCAGGCGGUGGCAGGGGACGCGGUGGACGGAGUGUCGCGGCGUCACCCUGCUCCCUCGCUGCUGCAGAUCACCGCGUGCUGCGAGCAAAUGUGCCAGCCCGAGGCGAUACACACGUGGUCCGCCGAAGAGUGGUCGGAGGCCGUGCAGCUGCUCCUGCACGCCAUGGCAAGGGCGAAGCAGGGUCUUGAUGAUAGUGCGAUGCCGGAGGGGGAGACGGUGGAGAAAGGUGCGCCGUGGGCCUCGGCGAUGCGCUUAUUUCUUCGCGAACCACCCCAACAGGGCACAUUUCACAGAGAGAAACUGUACGCGCAGCAAUUGGCCGCGUGUGAGGGGCUGCUGCGGUGCUGCACUCGUCACGGCGCCCCAGUGGAUGUGGGCCGUGCCGUGUACAAGACGCUACGGACCUCAACAGCAGUAGAAGCACAAGAAGAAACAGGUAAAGGGCUUGGAGGCUGGCACGUGCUGUACGUGCGAUUUCUCAUGACAGAAGCUGCAACUACAGCAAGCGCUGGUGAUAAGGAGUCGGCUCGUGCGCUUCAGAAGGAAGCGCUGCGAGUGCUGCUCCUAGACGCUGCAGAGGACGGUGUGACGCUGUUACCUGCUGGUUUAUUGUUGUCACUCGAGGUGCUGCGCUGCAUGGUCACGGAUGAGACAGCGGCGCCAUCGUCAGAGGAGCCCUCCCACAACGCUACAGCCGAGGAAAUGCUCUGGUCUGAGCUACGGUGUGGCUCAAAUGUUGUGACAGUCGCCCGUGAUGUGUGCUGCCGUGUGCUGCGCCACCCGCACGCAUCCCGCGCACAGAAGCAGGAGGCCUUCUGCCGAUUCGUUGCGGUUGGCAUGCAGCUGACAGCGGAACAGCAGUUGGGCCCGUUCGCGUGUGCUGGCAACUGCGACACAGCUCCGCCCACCACGCACAUGAAGGUGUCGUCAAAGGAGUACGUGCAGCUGCUCAAUGCUGUCAGUGAUCUCUUGGAUGUUGCUUCUGCCGAACACGAAACGGUCGUGCGGCUACUGGCGGAGCCAUGUGUUGGGCAUCACCGCCACGCGAAGGCCGCACCGUUGGUUUAUGUGUGGUUUUUAGGUCACAUUUUGCGUGCGCUGGCGUCGUUCAAGCACCAGGCGGCGGCAGCGGCAGUAGUACGCGUGCAGGAGCGCAAAGAGGCAUUAUUGGCGUGGGAGCAGUGCACGCAAGCUGCGUUGUGGUGCCUGCAGCGGGUUCUGCUGCAGAUGCCAGCCGGUUCGCGCAGCCCUUCGACGCAGCAACAGCAACAGCGGCGCCUGCAAUGGGCAAGGCAAGAGGCGUUCUCUCUGUUGUUUCAGGCUGUUCUCGACGGUGUGUUCUGUAGCAACAUCUCCACCACCGCGACUGCUCCUAUCGCUCUGCAUAGGCCACGCGCCGAUGUGAUGGCAACGCUCACGCAGUUGUACGGCGAGCGUGACUGGCGCGGGCCCUCUGUCUGUCUCUUCAUUGAGUGUCUACACACGUGGCGCCUGCAUGAUGUCCUGCGGCAUGUCUUCUGCACGGUAUACCGAAGAGAGGAGUGGCGUUGGCGCAGCCUAAAUAACGGCAGUGGUGAUGGUGGUGCAGCGGACGCUGUAACUGCGCCGCGUGUUUGGCGCUCGUCGCUGCGCCUGUCGACGUGUCAGUUGGUGGUGCAGUCGGCGUGUGCCCACGACGACCCCGCAACAGCAGCGCUCGCCGUGAAACACAUGCUGCGCUGUCUUCUCGCCGCCCGGUCCGCCACGGACGCGACGGAUGAAGAGGAAAGCGCAGGGGGCGAGAGGGCUGUCGUAGAGGGACGGAGUGUGGCGGAGUGGACGCGCAUCAUUCACGACGGCAUCAUCCCGCGUGUGGAUGAGGUUUUCCACCGCACAGGCAUCGACACCACGGAGCAAUGGUUGGGGUCCAUCAGCGGCGGGAGUCCUGCUACUGUGGCAGCUGUUGCUGCUAGUAGUAGCGGUGAGGCUGGGGGUGGAGGUCGGGGGUGA